UGCGCUUUAGCUGGUUUAUUUUACAUUGCGUUUAAUUACGUUGUGAUUAACAGAAAACAUGAAGGUUAUAUUUGCUGGAUAUAUUAAAACUGGUACGCAGUCUAUAAAAGAGGCGCUACAGAUUCUUGGUUACUCCACUUGCGACUAUUUCGACAACUUUUGGUACUUGGAGAAGGAAUGGACAAAGAUAUUAACAGAGGGCGGCUCUGUAGACGACUUUCGAAAAAUGUAUGAAGGUGUUGAUGCAGUAACUGGUGUUCCAUGUAAUCACUUCUGGAAGGAACUGCAUGAAGCCUUCCCUGAAGCAAAGAUCAUAUUCACAACGAGAGACGAAGAAAGAUGGCUGAAUAGCGUUCGAAGACAGUUCGAGGACUUUGAAAAAGACUUCAGUUACAUAAUAAUGCAGAUUAGCACGUAUUCCGGGUGGAAAUACUUUUGCCUAUCAAACAAAUUUCAUAACGUAACACUGGGAACUUGGAGAACUUGGCCGUGGUCAAAAUUUGUAAUAAGUCGAACGAUUCUGCUAAGACUUUUUAGAUCACAUACUCAAGACGUUAUUCAGAAUGCCCCCAAAGAAAAACUUCUACUUUUUCGCUUGAGUGACGGUUGGGGUCCACUUUGCGACUUCUUGGGUGAAAAUAUUCCCGACACGCCCUUUCCCCACAUGAAUAAAGAAGGCAGUUACCUUCAUGAUGCCAGAGACAGACACCCAGUUAUGCAACGAAUGGCGAAAGAAAUGAAAAUUACAUUGACUUUGUUUAUAGCGUUUGUUGUGCUUGUAGUUUUUACUCUAAUGUUUAAUUGA